AUGAGCCUGAGCAGGGCGCCUCAUCCCGACCCUCGAACCGCGCGAAUUAAUUCUACAAGCUUCCUUCCACCGCUUCGCCAGAUCCGCUUCGUCUCGACCGAUGGACAGCCACACACCAAGAGAAGACGGAUAAACGCGGCUUGUCUGACAUGUCGCAAGAGAAAAACGCGGUGUUCGGGCGAGCGCCCAGAGUGCAAAACCUGCACGGAUAAUGGUCACGUCUGUUCAGGGUAUGCAGAGAGGCCGCCCAGGAAGGAUGGCGAAAGGGUCGAUGAUGACGGUGAAGAGGAGGAAGAAUCGGGCUCUUCCACGCCUCGAAAGUAUCUCAAAGAUGGCGAAGCUCUACCAUGGUCGCGACCAGAGCCAGAAAGGCCACACCCAACAGGUGCUGGAGCACAUGCGAUGGCGGGCGAUAGAAACGAGGCGGCGGAAGUCAUCAGUCCUGCCAGCAACAACACCACCGGCAGCUUCACGUCCUCGAGGAAUCGCGUGCCCUACUUUCGAUACUUUGGCCCAACGGCCAUUGUGCCUGGAUUCAAGCAGAUGGUGGUUCAGGUGAAGGAUCAUCGACGAAGCUUGCCCUCUAUUUCGGCGGAAUCUCCAUCUUCGGGACAGCCCCUGGAACCGAACUUUGUCGGUGGUCAAGAUAGGCCUCCGGUUGAGAUACCAUUCUACGAUGCUACUGCCCCGGACCAGAACCCGCCUCUGAUCACUCAUUUGUGCGAGAUCUUCUUCACCCAUCUUGGCUGUAACUACCCGUUCAUCCAGCGCGAACGUUUCUUGAGGGACCUGGAGGAGAAGCGGGUGGACACUCUCCUGGUUGACGCGGUCUGCGCCGUCGCAGCCCGAUUUUCCUCGAACCCUCUUCUUUUGGCAUCCAACGACCCCUCCGUUCCGUUGGAUGCCGACAACAACGUGAAAAGAGCCUUUCGCGGGCAUGCAUUCGCUCAACGAGCCAUGUCUGCAGUCGUCGACACCUUUGCUUGCCCCACGAUAUCCGUGGCCCAGGCAUGCUUACUGCUAGCAUACGAAGAAUUCGGCCAAGAUCACGACAGUGGCUUGUGGAUGUACCUGGGGACGGCUAUCCGAAUGGCCCAGGAUCUGGGCAUCCAGAAGCUUGAAGGAUUGCAACUGGAAGGGCGGAUUGGCCCGACCCCCAAGACGGCGAAGCAUGGACCAGAGGGCAAGGCCGAGGAAAAGAGGAGAUACGAGCAGCAACAGAGCCUCUCUCGUAAUUUGUCUAGUCGUGAUAGCGCUCAACUUGGUGACCGAAGGGCGAGCGAACAGGAAAGAAUUGAUACCUUCUGGGCAAUGUUUUUCCUCGACCGAGCCGUGUCAUCCGGCGUCGGUCGUCCCGUCACUCUCCGGGACAAAGAUAUCGAGAUAUCGUUCCCUUACCGCUCUGAUGAUACGAUCAUCGAUGGUUAUCCGGAUCCCUUCCCGGCCAUGAUCAAGAUUGUCCACAUGUAUGGACGGGUUGCCGAUGUUCUGAAUAACAUCAAGGACGUCAGUCAAGUCACUCCAGACGUGCUGAAGCGGCUAGCGAGCAUGGAAAAGGAUCUGACCGGCAUCUAUCAACGCCUAUCGCCCAAAUUGCAUUUCAAUGCCACAAAUUUCCAGCACUAUGUGAAAGCAGGCCACGGGACGAAUUUCAUUUUAUUACAUUUCUGGUUUCACACGUUGAUCGUCCUCGUCCAUCAGCCGACAUUACUGCACUCAUUUGAGGGACGAAUCCAGCAGCUCUUCCCCGACAGCCGAGAACUGUCCAUCUCAUCAGCCAAAACCAUUGCCGAUAUUCUUGCUUUUGCCGAAUUGGUUGACGUUAAGAGUUUCAUCGGGAAUCCUUUCACUAGUCAGCCUAUGUACGUCGCCGCAUGUGCUUUCCUCGCGGAAGCUGCUGCUCAUGCAUCCCGACCGCCGUCUCGAGCACCGUCCCCUCCAGGCAACGGACAGGCGGCUUGGGUCAAGCUCGAGAACGGAAACGGCAAGUCACAUUCCGAGCAGAAAGCUGCUUCGGCACGUCAUACCUUACUGGCCACUGCUGCCAAUCAGAACUAUCAGCGGUGUUACAAGGCACUGAAAACCUUGAAUUCUUAUUGGGCUGGAUGUCGUUACAUCCUGACCGCCCUUGACCAGAAAUCAAAGGGGUUGAAGGAUCCUCUGCUCUUCACUGCCGAAGAUAUUGACGGCGAAAUGCCGUCGACGGAACCGUCGUUCACUACGCCUGGUUGGCGAAGGAGUACGACCUUGGCUGUAUCGCCCGGGGCCGAUGGGAACACCUUCCGCCGAUUCCGAGGACUUGGUCAAAUGAAUGAAAACUCGGCCUUUUCCUCCCAAAUGGACCUGGGUCAAGCCAUUGGAUGGUCCUUGACUGGAACGACAAACUCGCCCGCUCCCAAUAUUAGCUUUCUCUACCCGAACGCCAAUGGAGGAAAUGGUAAAAGGACGCCGACCGAGGCACAACCUAGAGAGGACACUCGGCAAGCUUCAUAUGAACCGAGCAUACAACCACCAGGUAUGAAUGGACCAAUAAGUCACCACUACCCAGGACAAUCCACUGCCAGCGACAAGUUGUCAUCAUUGCCAUAUGAUCCGGUCUCAACGGCAGAAGCAGACCUCUUACUCGGGCUACAUGCGCCAUACGCUGCAGUCUCGACCAAUCCGUCCAUGAUUCAGCCCGGGUGCGAGCAACAGGGUCAGCCGCCGAGUACUUUCAAUUAUUCUCAACAUGCGACACCCAUGAAUUUUCCGCAACAAUUCAUGGAUGCUCAAGACCAAAGCUUCAACAUGUUCGUUGAAACACAAGAUGUUGACAUGAAUGGACAACCCCUGGGGUUCAACUUUCCCGGCGGUGACAUGAUCCCUUGGCUUGAGUAUCUGCCCCAAGAUGUUUUACAUUACUUUGGAGAUCCGCAAGCUGAGGAUGAGGGUUUGGUGCCUGGUGAGCCGUCCUGA